AAAUAGAAAAGGCCGGCGGGCAGAUCGCACUCCACGGUCUUUUUUCUAAUGUACUGUUUUUAUGAACACUGCAAAGCUCUGCAGUGAAACCGAAUUCUGCUGCUCCCAGUUUAUUAGGGAUCACUUCAAGCAACAACCAAGAGCCCAAAGUCCAGUGGGGUCUGGACUCCCGCCCAGAAACAGGGAUGCCUGGCAGUGCAGGAUGUGGCCAGCGGGGGCCUGGGGGACACCACACCCCCACUGUGCCCGAACUCCAGAGGCUCCUUUGGGUGCGAGGUGGGGUCAGUGGACACGUGGACCAGGUCUGGCCAAAGGUCUACCUUGGAGACGCGUGGGCCGCCAAAGAUAAGAGGGCCCUUCAGUCACUCGGCAUCACGCACAUCCUGAACGCUGCUCACGGAAAGCACAACGUCUGCACGGGACCGAGCUACUACAGCGACACAAAGGUCACCUACCACGGGGUGGAGGCGUUUGACAGCCCGGCGUUUGACAUGAGUCCGUUCUUCUACUCCGCGGCUCAGUUCAUCAAGGCUGCCGUGAGUACCCCCGGAGGUAAAGUGUUUGUCCACUGCGCAAUGGGACUGAGUCGGUCUGCCACGCUGGUCCUGGCCUUCCUGAUGCUCCAUGAGGACAUGAGCCUGGUGGAGGCCAUCAAGGCGGUCAGCGAGCACAGGAAUGUCUCCCCCAACUCGGGCUUCUUGAGCCAGCUGCGAGAGCUGGACAUGAGGCUGGCCAGCGAGAGAGAGCCAAGAACGGGCCGAUUCUGAGACGCACAGACCACACGCUGUGCUGUGGGGCUACAGGAAGGGGCUGCCAUUCUGCGCUCUCGACACACAGCACAAUGAAGGCAGAAGCAAGAGUGCAGAAAGGCAGUCACAGUGGCCUUAAACUGGGAGAAUAAAUCACAAUGUACCAAGAACUUGAACUAAAAAAAUCUCCACCGUACAGGAUCAGAUUACCCCACGUGCAUGAACUGAUUAUUCUGUCAUUUUGACUUCAGUUCGCCAGAGCUUAAAGUCAUUGACUGGCACAGAGUUCAUGCACAGGUCUUCGUGCGUAUUAACAGGUUAUUCAGAUUAGGCAAUCAGGUGAAGCUACAGUUUGGUGUAUAAUGGUUAAAGCCUAUAAAUAAAAAACAUGAUGAAAAAUUCCUCUCUCUCUCACUUCCAGAGAGUAAAGUGCUAAUUAAUCAGCGAAAACACUGGCACCUGUGAAUUUCCUGUUCACCUUGUCCUGUGAAGUUGUGAAUACUUCCCAGGAAACCCCUUCAAAACAACAGCAUGCAGACAACUAGUGUACGUUGUCUUCAGUGUGAAUAGUAUUCCGCUCACCAGGGUGUGUCGUAUGUCAUGCAUAGCUACUCCCUAAGACGAAAUUCCAUAUCUUUCAAUAUGCUUUCAAUAACUGCUGCAUAAUGACUUUGUACUCGCUUUUUAUAGUCCUUUAAAACUCGUCUCGUGUAUCAUGUAGAAUAUCGUUUAUGCAC